ACGCAUCAUGCGUGAGGCCAUGAGAGCGCCUCGCGAAUCUGUGAUCGCUUCCCUCGCCUCCUCUAGAUUUCCCCCCGCUUAGCUGUCAAAGACCGCGACGUUCUUCGCUUUGCCUAUAAAGCUCGGCUGCGAGCCGGAGACCACGAGAGCGAUCCAACGCCCGUUUCUUGGUUCCCGAGGCGGAGCUUGUCUCGUACGCAGUACUACGGUGCAGCUUGUUCUGAUCGUUUCCGAGCGGCAGAGAGCCAAGAGAUAUGCAGCGGAGCAGCUCGUUCGGGACGUCGUGGGCGGACCAGUGGGACUACGGCGGCGACCCGAGCCCGAGGGCGCCGCGCGAGCGCGACGUGGGGAAGGAGAGCGGCAGCGUGGGGGAGAAGACCAAGGCGGCGGCGGCGAGCGGGCUGAGGAAGGUGAAGGAGGGCACGGCGCAGGGGUUCCAGUGGAUCAAAGACAAGUGCCAGCGGAAGAACGGCGGCAAGAAGCAGGGCGCGGAGGCCGCUGGGCACUGAUGUGCUGCUGCGGUUGUUUGGAAAAUCAAAAUCUCCGCGUCACAGCGUUUUGCUCUGGCAAAACAUUCGUGUUGCGGCGUUUCAGAUAACAUGCUAGGAGAAGAUUUGGUCCGAUGAUUUGUGGUAAAUGUGCGUGCGUGUGCAUAGGCUAUAUGGUUCCAUGAUCUUGUUGCCGACUUGGCGGUUGUUUCAUGCUUGUGGUAUACUAGUACUGAACUAGCCCACGUUUUAGCUUCUCUAUGUACAUGAAAAUAUUUGUUUGGUUUCAUCAUACUUGAUCUUUGUUCUGGA